AUAAAAGCUGAUAACCUGGCCAAUAUGUCAUCAGUUUAAUAUCGAUUUCGCGCCUGAAGAGAUCGCAGCAUCCCCGAUUAGGGAAUCCAGUGAAUGUCUAACUUCUUUUUCUCCAGAGUUGAAAUUUUAUUUGCAUUAAUGUUGUGUUUAUACUUUUUUGCGGAUAACGCGAUGGCAACAGGACUCAUCGAAAAGAAGAAUGGCGGCUAUUAUAAAUAUAGUCUUUCACAUUCCUCCUUAAAAGAAUCGGUGUCUUUGACUUUGAAGGAAGUAUCCAUGCAGAUGGCCGAUGAUGUUGAACGUCGACGUCUGUACGCUCUUUUGACCUGCAUCAUUACUGCUAUCUUUGACGUUUUUCUUGGAACAGCUGCAUUUGUUUGUGCAGCCAUAACUGACAGCUCAGCAGGAUAUGCAUUUGCGCUCGAUUGUUUGCUUGAUGUGGUGGCCGCUUCUCUUGUUAUUUGGAGGUUUUAUGGGUCAACAUCAGCUUAUUCAGAUUUCAAAGAAAAAAUGGCAUGUGUUUCAUUGGGAGUUUUAUUUUGUUUAGCUGCGAUGGGAAUCGUAUGCAAAUCAGUGUAUGAUUUGGCUUGUCAUACUGUUCCACAGCAGCUUGUGUACGUAUUCAUUCUUGCUGCUAUCGGUGGAGUAGUGAAUUCAGUUCUUGGAACAGUGAAGUACAUUCUCGGGAAGAAAAUGAAAAGCCAAUCUCUCAUACUAGAAGCCAUCAACACAUCUUUGAGUGCAGUAUUAGCCCUGAUGCUUGCAAUCAGCGACAUCUUAUACUUCUAUCACCCAUCAGCAUGGACCAUAGACCCCAUCACCAGUUUAUUUGUUGCAUUUAUUCUCCUUCUUGGUGGCAUUAGGGUUCUAUGCCGAAGAGAACGAAGAGCCGAGACAACUCCGCUGCUUACGGGGAGUGCGGUGUGAACGACACGCCUUUUUAUCAUUCUAGAAUAACCAAACACAAAUCCCAGUCCUAGCUCGCCGGGCGGAGUGCGCUACCAACUCUGCCUGACGUCAUCCCAGGGGGCCACCGAGGCCGGGACCUAGGGCAAGGCUCUAGUCCCCAGGCUGGUCGAGGAUGACAGCGGAAGCGAAUUCGAUGCGUUUGCCCUGUCCUCCUGGUGUGCUGUUUCCACCAGGACCGAGGGCCAUCACGUCGGAGCCAGAUCUUCGAAAUCAUCGUCCAUGUAUUUCGUUCUGUUUCUUGUUUCGAGUUCCAGAUCUUAACCAAUGUGAUUUUUAACGAUGUCAAAUACUUCCCUUUUAUAAUCGCGCUGUUGAUACGCUGUUUUUACUGUGUGUUGAAAAACUUGAUUUUAUUGUCGAAAUUAAAGUGUUCUUUUUACU